AUGGCAACCCCCACUGGAGAGAGAGAUGAAAUUUUGACACCUACCGACGAACGCUUUGUUCUAUUCCCGAUCAAGUACCCAGAGAUCUGGCGCAUGUACAAAGAUGCUCAGGCGUCGUUCUGGACUGCAGAGGAGAUUGACCUCUCGAAAGAUCUCGUCGACUGGGACGAGAAACUAACCUGUGGAGAACGUCACUUCAUUUCGCAGGUUCUGGCAUUCUUUGCAGCGUCAGACGGCAUUGUGAACGAGAAUCUGGUCGCUAGAUUCAGUACCGAGGUACAGAUCGCGGAGGCCAGAUGCUUUUACGGCUUUCAGGUCAUGAUGGAGAACGUACAUUCGGAGACGUACUCGAUGCUCAUUGAGACUUACAUUCGUGACCACCAAGAGCGGAACCGUCUAUUCUCCGCCAUCAAUACAAUACCAACGGUAUCUGCAAAGGCGCGGUGGGCGAUGAGGUGGAUAUCAGAAGACGCGCCCUUUUGCCAGCGGUUGGUUGCCUUCGCAGUCGUGGAGGGGAUAUUCUUCUCCGGAUCAUUUGCCGCCAUAUUUUGGCUGAAGAAACGUGGGCUUAUGCCCGGACUCACCUUCUCAAACGAGCUCAUAUGUCGCGAUGAGGGAAUGCACACGGAGUUCGCCUGUCUGCUUCUGGACACUCUCACAACCCGACCAAGUGGCGCGUUUGUGAAAUCCAUCGUCCGCGAAGCGGUGACUAUAGAACAACAAUUCCUUUCAGACGCACUUCCUGUGAGCCUCAUUGGCAUGAACUCAUCCCUCAUGAUCACGUAUAUCGAAUACGUCGCCGAUCGCUUACUGAACGCUUUGGGAUGCGACAAAGAAUACGGUGUCAGCAACCCGUUUGACUUCAUGGAUAUGAUAUCAAUACAAGGGAAGACAAACUUCUUUGAAAAAAGAGUAUCUGACUACGCCCGUCGCGUAAAGAGGGAUGCCGAUAUUGGAAUGGUCACGCAGUUGUGA